UGUUUCAAAGAAGUACGAGAAGGAUAUUUUGGCUAGCAGCUGAGAAGUUGAUCAUCCUUCGAAUAACGACCGAUUCGGAACCCAAAAAGUAAAUACAGACCCAGAAAUGUCCUUAAUAGAGCAUGGGACCGUCCGGCCCAUGACAGCAGUAGCCUGGACCUCCAACACUGGCACCUGUCCUAAUAAUUUCACCCUGAUCAGCAUCACAGAAGACGGCGCAGCAGCAAAUUUCACACGCAGCUUUGCGAUUAAAUCUGGAUAUUACCUCUGCUACAGCAAGGACUUAACAAAUGGCAAGGUGGUGUCUGACAUUCAGAUUAUUUCAGACAAGGAGGCUCUUCCUCAUGGAUACGUUUGUAUAGAAGAGCACCUUGAACCAAAGACUUCUGUUUCGAAGAAAAAACGGGUCUGUAUCCGCCUCCUGCCAGUGAGCCAGGUGGACACGGCUGUGUUGGACAUCAAACUCACAGCUAAAAGCAAAAUGAUGCUGCAGCAUUACACCUAUGUGGGUGACAUCCAUGGCUACGUUCUGUGGUGUAAAAGGGGACACUUCUCCAGCCCGGUACCCCAACCAAAGCCUCGCAAGUUCAGCCUGGACAUUCGCAGCCUCUCUUUGGAUCAACCAACUCCUCUCCUUCCCCUCAGACUCAGCAACCUGCCACCUCCUGCCCAGCCUCAAGGCAGGCUGAGUCAGAGACGACACAGCCUGCAUCCCACAGACAACCUGGACAAGUCUGACUGCAGCCUUCAUGGCAUUACAGCUUUAGAUGGAGUUCCCUUCAGCCUGCACCCAGAUUACGAUUUCCAGGCAAAUGAGAUGUCUCUGCAGUUGAACUCUCAGCUAAAUAACAUCCAGAUAAAGUCUCAUAUGGACAUUGAAAAUGAGUACAAUUACACUUUUACUGUGGAGAAAUCUGCUGCCAAAAGGACCAGACCAUCAGUCUCUACAGAAUGCGCUCAGUGA